CGGGUCGAGAGUGGACAUAAGUUGUUCUUUAUUCGCUCUUCUCGUGUUGCCGACGACUUUUCCACCUUUUUAGAUAUACAAUAAGCUGUACCUAUACCUACAAACAUAAAAAUAGAGUACUCGACUUAAGAGACGAUCGCUGCCCUUACUCCCUCAGCAUCACCAAAAAAAAAAAAAAAAAAGAUUACAAAGGAAGAAUCGUUUUUGUAUACAUACAAUUCUAGAUACCCGUGAACAAGUCAGAUAGCAGAGAGGGACAAUGUCGGCGAAGGCGAUCCGCGAGGCGACGGGCAAAGACCUGAUCAACCGGAAACUCGGUGCCGACACCUCGGCGGCCAAGUGCCGCUUCGUGAGCGUCGACGAGUCGACCAACUGGACGCACCUCGUCGCCGAGAACCCCUGGCUCGGCCAGGAGCGCCUCGUCGUCAAGCCCGACCAGUUGAUCAAGCGCCGCGGCAAACUCGGCCUCAUCAAGGUCAAUGCCGAUCUCGGCACCUGCCAGGAAUGGAUCGCCGAGCGCAUCAACAGAGACCAGCAGGUCGGCAAGGCCCAAGGCAAACUCAAGAACUUUAUCAUAGAGCCCUUCGUGCCCCACAAGCCUGAAGAGGAGGUCUACGUUUGCAUUUAUUCGCACAGAAGCGCGGACGUUAUUCUGUUCUACCACGAGGGUGGUGUUGACGUCGGCGACGUGGAUGCCAAGGCGUUGAAGCUCGAAGUCUCGAUCGACAAGGAUCUCCCGGACGAGGCGACCAUCACCGACAAACUACUCACCCACGUGGCCACCGACAAGCAGCCAGUCAUUGCCAAAUUCGUGCGGACGCUGUACAAGCUGUACGUCGACCUGUACUUCACCUACCUAGAAAUCAACCCGCUCGUGGUGACAGACACCGCCAUUUACAUUCUCGAUCUGGCGGCCAAGCUGGACACGACCGCGGACUUUAUCUGCAGGCCAGACUGGGGCGAGAUAGAUUACCCACCGCCUUUUGGGCGCGACGCCUAUCCCGAGGAGGCUUACAUCGCCGACCUGGAUGCCAAGUCCGGAGCCAGUUUGAAGCUCACGAUUCUCAACCCGAGUGGUCGAAUCUGGACGAUGGUUGCUGGCGGCGGUGCUUCGGUCAUCUAUUCGGAUACGAUUUGUGAUCUGGGCGGUGCAUCUGAAUUGGCCAAUUACGGGGAGUACUCGGGUGCUCCGAGCGAACAGCAAACCUACGAAUAUGCGAAAACCAUACUCAGUCUAAUGACCAAGGAAAAGCACGUUGAUGGCAAGGUUCUGAUUAUCGGCGGUGGCAUUGCCAACUUCACGAACGUAGCAGCUACGUUCAAGGGCAUUGUCAAGGCCCUACAGCAGUUCCAGCCCAAACUGGUCGAGCACAACAUCAAGAUUUUCGUGAGGCGAGCUGGUCCCAACUACCAAGAGGGCUUGAGGAUAAUUCGAGAAGUUGGGAAACGACUGCAGAUUCCCGUCCACGUAUUUGGCCCAGAAACGCACAUGACGGCCAUCUGCGCGAUGGCUCUGGGUAAGAAACCAAUCCCCGAUCCCGAGGCUCAGGAAUUCUCGACAGCCAAUUUUCUGUUGCCAUCGGGUCAAGACUGCGGGCCGCCGGCUCCAUCCUCCCACGCGGGCACGCCAACUUCGCCAACGAAGCCGAUGUCCGUUAAAAAAAGUGACUCGGUCGACGCGGCUUGCAAAGUGCUCUUUAGCAACAAAACCAAGUCUAUUAUUUGGGGCAUGCAGACUCGCGCCGUCCAGAGCAUGUUGGACUUUGACUUUGUUUGUCGGAGGAACGAGCCCUCGGUAGCCGCCUGCGUCUAUCCCUUUACCGGUGAUCACAAGCAGAAAUUCUACUGGGGACACAAGGAAGUACUCAUUCCUUCGUACAAGAAUAUGAGAGACGCCAUGGCCAAGCAUCCUGAGGCUGACGUGAUGAUUACGUUUGCCUCCCUGCGCUCGGCCUAUGACAGCGCGAUCGAGACCCUACAGUUCCCACAGAUCAAGACGAUUGCCAUUAUUGCCGAAGGCAUUCCCGAAAACAUGACGAGAAAGCUGAUCCUGAAGGCACACGAGAAAAACGUGACCAUUAUCGGUCCAGCCACGGUCGGUGGUGUCAAGCCCGGCUGCUUCAAGAUCGGUAACACAGGUGGAAUGAUGGACAAUAUUCUACACAGCAAACUCUACAGGCCCGGCAGCGUUGCGUACGUCUCGCGGUCCGGUGGCAUGUCUAACGAACUCAACAACAUCAUUUCCAAAGCAUCAAACGGUGUCUUCGAGGGUGUGGCGAUAGGCGGUGAUCGUUACCCUGGUACAACCUUCAUGGAUCACAUAAUGCGCUACCAGAACGACCCAGACGCAAAGCUGAUCAUCCUUCUGGGCGAGGUGGGAGGUGUCGAGGAGUACGAGGUGUGCGAAGCCCUCAAAUCCGGCCACAUAACGAAGCCCCUCGUUGCUUGGUGUAUCGGCACGUGCGCCAGCAUGUUCACCUCGGAGGUGCAAUUCGGUCACGCCGGCUCGAUCGCCCACUCGAACCUGGAGACUGCAAUUGCGAAGAACACAGCGCUCAAGGCUGCAGGUGCCCACGUGCCAGACAGCUUUGAUAAUUUAGGUGAGCUGAUCCACGCAGUUUACGACCAGCUAGUCAGGGAAGGCACGAUCGUGCCCGAACCCGAGGUACCACCACCCACUGUUCCCAUGGAUUACAGUUGGGCUAGAGAACUGGGUCUCAUCCGCAAACCAGCCUCCUUCAUGACUUCGAUUUGUGACGAGCGCGGUCAAGAGUUGCUCUACGCUGGCAUGCCGGUUACCGAAGUGCUCAAACAGAACGUCGGUAUCGGUGGUGUUGUAUCACUACUUUGGUUCCAGCGUUGCUUGCCACCCAUCUACUGCAAGUUCCUCGAAAUGUCGCUAAUGCUGACGGCUGAUCAUGGACCCGCCGUAUCCGGUGCUCACAAUACGAUCGUCUGCGCCCGUGCUGGCAAGGAUCUCGUCAGCUCGCUCGUCUCCGGUCUCCUCACCAUUGGAGAUCGCUUUGGUGGUGCUCUCGACGGUGCGGCCAGAAUGUUCUCCGAGGCCUACGACGCCGGUCUCCACCCUCAGGAGUUUGUCAACAACACACGCAAAAAAGGCCAGCUGAUCAUGGGUAUCGGCCAUAGAGUCAAGUCGAUCAACAAUCCAGACAUGCGAGUCAAACUCAUCAAAGAAUACGUUUUGGAGAACUUCCCUGUCAAGCCGCUGGUUGACUAUGCACUCGAGGUUGAAAAGAUCACCACCACUAAGAAGCCAAAUUUAAUUCUCAAUGUGGAUGGAAUCAUCGCAUGUGCGUUUGUUGACAUGUUGAGACACAGCGAUAGUUUUACAAGGGAAGAGGCACAAGAGUACGUCGAAAUCGGUGCCAUUAACAGCCUGUUCGUUCUCGGGAGAAGUAUAGGCUUUAUUGGUCACUAUAUGGACCAGAAGAGGUUGAAGCAAGGACUCUAUCGUCAUCCUUGGGACGAUAUCUCAUAUGUAUUGCCAGAGCAAUACAACUGAAUGGUUGUUUUUGUUCUUUAAUUACCAUAUCGUCAUCGUCCAUCGUAAUUACGUAUCAACGUACAAUGAAUUUCCGUGUCAUCAAGUUGUUAUAAAUGAAACAUGGUAAUUAACUAGACAGGAAUUCAUGGAAAAGAAAUAAAAGUAAAUAAAAUAUC